AUGGCCGACCAAUUCUUGGUCGAGGCGCACAGAUGGACGCUUGCUCAACAUUCAAUUACUGACGAGAAGGAAAGUUGGGUCAUGUUGACCCGUGAUGGGCAGAUCCUGAAACUCCCCGGUGAAAAGAUUCUUCUCACCUCCAAGCCGCGAGUUGGCCUUGAGCUCUCGGUCCCAAAGGAACUGCAAGUAGCAGAGCCAUUCUCUGUAAAGAGCGACAAUGGCAUUGCAUACAUCACCAACGAGAGGAUCAUUUACCUCCCAGCCAGGUCGUCCGAGGCUUUUCGAUCUUUCUUUGCGCCUCCCCUGAACUUCAGCGACGUCCGCAUCAACUCGUCCUGGAUUGGGCCUUGGAGCUGGACGAGCAUAGUCAGGCCCAUUCCGAACGGUGGCGUACCGCCGGAGAUCCCCAGGAUCGAAUGCAAGUUGACCUUCAAGGAUGGCGGACACAGCGACUUCCAGGCGAAAUACGAGUGGCUGAGGGACCGACUACUCCAUGCCCAAAGCCUUGGACUUACUCUCGGGCAAAACCUUGAGCCUCCGCCACCUUACGAUGAUGCUCAAGCUUCUGGGCCCUCCUCAAAUACACCUGCGUCUGGACCGUCCGGCAACGUGACGAGCGAUCGGAACCAAGUGCCCCAGCCUGGCCCAGAUGAGCCGCCUCCUGACUACACGGCAUAA